UUUUUGGGCGGUGCCUCUGUGAGUGAAACUGCUGUGCGGGGGAAGAUAGUUCCGGAUAGAAGCUCUGAGAAGGUGUCCAUUCUGUUGUCUUUCUGCUGCGUUCAGACAGUUACAUUACGCUUUUUUUCCCCUGUUCGAACUCCGUUGGACAGCUGAAGAAAAACGACGACUAAAAUGGUAGACCGCGAACAACUGGUGCAAAAAGCCCGACUGGCCGAGCAGGCGGAGCGGUAUGACGACAUGGCUGCUGCCAUGAAAUCGGUCACGGAGCUGAAUGAGCCGCUGUCCAAUGAGGAGAGGAACCUUCUCUCUGUGGCCUAUAAGAACGUGGUGGGGGCGAGGCGCUCAUCCUGGCGUGUCAUCUCCAGCAUUGAGCAGAAGGCUUCAGUUGAUAGUAACGAGAAGAAGAUUGAGAUGGUGAAAGCCUACAGGGAAAAGAUUGAGAAGGAGCUCGAGUCUGUCUGCAACGACGUCCUCAACCUACUCGACGUCUACUUGAUCAAGAAUUCCAAUGGUGACCAGCACGAGAGUCGUGUGUUCUACCUGAAGAUGAAAGGCGAUUACUACCGUUACCUGGCCGAAGUGGCCACAGAGGAGAAGCGAGCCGAUGCCGUGAAAAAGUCCUUGGAUGCGUACAAAGACGCCCAUGAUGUCAGCAAGAAACACAUGCAACCCACCCAUCCCAUCCGCCUGGGCUUGGCUCUCAACUUCUCUGUCUUCUACUAUGAGAUCCAAAACGACCCAGAAAAGGCGUGCAAACUAGCCAAGACUGCAUUUGAUGAAGCCAUUGCCGAGUUGGACUCCCUCAACGAAGAUUCCUACAAAGACUCCACCCUGAUCAUGCAGCUGCUACGAGACAAUUUGACGCUGUGGACGAGCGACCAGCAGGACGACGAGGGAGGAGAAGGCAACAAUUAACAUCGAAAGCCCAAUCUGCCAAGCAACACACAUGCUCACAAAUGACAAAAUAAUAGUAAAAAAAAAAAAAAAUCUUAGAAAAUUUAAAGAGGGUAAGGGGAGGUGGAACACUGGCCGGGUACUAACAUACCUGUUCUGUGUUUUCCCACAAAUUCAAAGGAAAAAUGUAGGAAGGAAGAAUUAUUUUAAUUUGAGAAAUUGCACAGAAAAAGUAAUAAUAAAAUAAUUGAUUGAACCGCCUUCCUGCAGCAUUUGCCAAUAUACCACUUAGAAGAAAUGGGUAUGACAUUCAUCAGUGUGACUGUUGGUGAUCGACACCUUCCCACUGUCAGACUGGUCUUUUCAUGCAGUUGAAUCCGAGCAGUCUCACUGUAUUUGAGGGCGAUGCAUUCAUAAUAAAAGUUUGACGCCUGAACAACAAGAAAAUUAGAGUAACGUUAAUGUCUUGGCUUUGCUUAAUGAGGAAAACAGACUGAGUGGGACAGGUUACAGCGAUGAAGAUGGCUCCAUCAUAUCUUCAGUUGCCCCACACUGAUCGUUAAGAGCAGGAUAUCUGUUAUUAAGGAAAACAUAAUGUGUUUGCUUUGUGUCAGGUAUGUGUCCACGUGAUCAUACUGUAACUAGAAUACAAGUUCAUAAAGUAAACUUAGUGCAGCUUGUCCCUCGUGUGCUGAUGUGCUUUAAUAAAUACAUUAACUGGGUUUUGGACACCU